GCCUAUCAUUGAUUCCCAAAAGGAUAAUGCUUGAGACUUCAAAAAAAUGAUCCCAAAAGACCUCCAUUUAAUGUAGAGUGUUAGAUGUGAAAUAAGCCCUACAUGUUUUUUUUUUAACCCAUGACUAUUUUAAUAUCACAUAAAUUUAAGAAACUCUUGAUAUCAUAUUUUGGGGUUUCUAACAUUGUAAUUCACAAAAAGCCAACGCGUUCAAAUUCACUUGGCUUUUGUCUUGCUUUUCUUCUACCCCCAGUCUCCCCCCAUCAACCGUUAAUCCCCCUCUACUUUUGGCGGGAGGAGGGUCCCACCUCCAAUUGAAAUCUCGUCCUUCUUAAGUCUCUUUCACUCGCAUAAAAGCCCCCCUUCUCUUUCCCCCUACUCCCCUCCACCUCCACCUGUAAAUGCACGUCCGCCAUUUCUAAUCACAGUCGCAAUGAAGAGAAACAGAGACCUCUUGUUCCUAUUUCUCUACGUCCUCUACUUCUUUAACUUCCAGAAUCACAAGUUCGUGCUCUCUCUUACUCCUGACGGCUUAUCUCUACUGUCUCUUAAAUCAGCCGUUGAUCAGCCAUCUGACCCCUCUCCUCUCUCCGACUGGAACCAGAACGACGCCACACCGUGCCGCUGGACUGGGGUUUCCUGCAUGAACAUUACUGGAUUCCCGGACCCUCGCGUGGUUGGUAUAGCCAUCACAGGGAAGAAUCUCCGGGGGUAUAUUCCGUCUGAAUUGGGGUCUUUAGUGUAUCUCAGGAGGCUAAACCUUCAUAACAAUAAUUUCUACGGCUCGAUUCCGGUUCAGCUCUUCAAUGCGACGUCGCUUCAUAGUAUCUUUCUCUACGGUAACAAUUUAUCAGGUUCGCUUCCUCCUUCGAUCUGCAACAUCCCUCGACUGCAAAACCUUGACCUCUCCAAUAAUUCGUUCUCUGGUUCUAUACCUUCGGAGUUAAGGAAUUGUAGGCAGUUGCAGCGGCUGAUUUUGGCGAGGAAUAAGUUUUCUGGUGAAAUUCCGGCGGGGAUUUGGCCUGAACUCGAUAAUUUAGUUCAGCUCGAUCUUUCUGCAAAUGAGCUCCGUGGAUCGAUCCCGAACGAUCUCGGUGAACUGACGUCUCUCUCUGGUACUCUGAAUCUGUCCUUCAACCAUCUCUCAGGUAGAAUUCCAAAAUCGCUGGGAAAUCUGCCGGUAACGGUGAGUUUUGACCUACGAAACAAUAAUUUAAGUGGCGAAAUACCUCGAACGGGGUCGUUCGCUAACCAAGGACCAACAGCUUUUCUCAGCAAUCCAUCGCUAUGCGGGUUCCCUCUUCAAAAACCUUGCCGCGAGUCUACAGAAACCUCGCCAGGAAGCCAGAGUUCAUCGCCUGUGUCUGGUAGCAGUCCGAAGAAAGGGCUGAGUCCUGGCGUGAUCAUACUAAUCUCAGUAGCUGACGCCACCGGCGUAGCCUUCAUCGGUCUGAUCAUUGUCUACAUCUACUGGAAAAAGAAAGACGAUUCGACCGGAUGUAGCUGCACUAAUAAAAGCAAGUUCGGUGGUAGCGAGAAAUCCACUGCGUGUUUACUCUGUUCUUGCGUCAAUGGCUUCCGAAACGAAGAUUCCGAGCCGGAAGAUCCAGAGAAAAGUAAGGGAGAAGGGGAACUGGUGGCCAUUGACAAGGGUUUCACGUUUGAGCUUGAUGAGUUGUUUAGAGCAUCUGCUUACGUACUGGGCAAGAGUGGGCUGGGGAUUGUGUACAAAGUGGUGCUCGGUAAUGGAAUUCCGGUGGCGGUUAGGAGGCUCGGGGAAGGCGGCGAGCAGCGGUACAAGGAAUUUGUGGCGGAGGUGCAGGCGAUUGGGAAGGUCAAGCACCCUAAUGUGGUGAUGUUGAGGGCUUAUUAUUGGGCUCCAGAGGAGAAGCUCCUUAUUAGUGAUUUUAUCUCUAAUGGCAACUUGGCUAAUACUCUUCGAGGUAAAGGUGGUCAGGCAUCAUCAAGUCUGUCAUGGUCGACAAGGCUGAGAAUCGCCAAGGGAACAGCCAGAGGCUUAGCCUACCUCCACGAAUGCAGUCCAAGAAAGUUUGUUCAUGGAGGCAUUAAACCCUCCAACAUCCUCCUUGACAAUGAAUUCCAGCCUCACGUUUCUGAUUUUGGUCUCAGUCGACUCAUUGCCAUUACAGGCAACAAUCCUUCCUCUUCAGGUGGCUUCAUUGGUGGAGCACUGCCUUAUCUGAACCCAAUCCAAACAGAGAUAACCAACAACUACAGAGCACCAGAGGCUCGAGUUCCCGGUAGUCGCCCAACCCAGAAAUGGGAUAUCUACUCAUUUGGAGUCGUCUUGCUUGAAUUGCUAACUGGAAAAUCUCCAGAGCUUUCACCAACCACAUCAACUUCUUCAGUAGAAAUACCUGACCUUGUUAAGUGGGUGAGGAAGGGACUUGAAGAGGAGAAUCCAUUGUCAGAUAUGGCGGAUCCUAUUCUGCUCCAACAAGUGCAUGCCAAGAAGGAAGUGUUGGCAGUUUUUCAUAUUGCCCUUGCUUGUGCUGAAGCAGACCCUGAAAUCAGGCCUAGAAUGAAAACUGUCUCUGAAAAUCUUGACAGAGUUGGCACAUGAGAGAGAGAGAGAGAGUCAUAGUUAUAUCAUAAAGAUCUAAAAGAUUCUAUGGAAUGUCCAAUUUUUCCAGAUUUUUGCAUUGGAUGUUCUGUUCCUGCAGGGAUCAACUUUGAAUUCCAACAAUCAUGAAAUCAGGUCCAAAUUUUUGAGGGAGGGAUGCAAAUUCUUGUGGCAUCAUUUGGGAGGAAUACACCUCUUUUUUUAAGUCUAGCAUGGAAGUAGCUGCAUCUGUAAUUUGAUUAUCUAUAUUCUUUCGAUAAGAUGGGAAUGUGAUGUAAUAAAAUUGUUGCCUAGUUCUCGCACUGAAUUUGGAUUGCUGACCCAAUAAAGCUCGAUCUAUUGA